CCCGGCCGGGCAGGUGCAGAACCGGCGGCGCGGCGCGGGGCGGGCCCGACCCAGCCUCCCCGGCCCGCCCGGACCUGCCCGCCGCGGCGCAGUCUCGCGGGAUCGCGCUCAGCCGUCGGGUGGUGGGGACCGGGCGGCGACGGAGGCCGCGAACGCGCGCUCCCCGGACCGGGCUCCAGGACAUGGCCCCGCGGUGAAAUGAGGCCUGUGGGCCGCGCACCCCCGGGCUGGGCCUCUUCGGACCUGCGGGCAGCCAGGUAGUCGGGAGGAUGCGGAGGGACGAGGCGCGCGCCCCGCUGUGGCUGUGGCUGUGGCUGUGGCUGUGGCUGUGCGCGGCCCUGCCCCUGGCCGGCGGCCACAGCCUCUUCACCUGCGAGCCGGUGACCGUCCCGCGGUGUCUGAAGAUGGCCUACAACCUCACCUUCUUCCCCAACCUCAUGGGGCACUACGACCAGGGCAUCGCGGCCGUGGAGAUGGAGCACUUUCUUCCCCUCGCCAAUCUGGAGUGUUCGCCGAACGUCGAAACUUUCCUUUGCCAAGCGUUUAUCCCAACCUGCACGGAGCAAAUUCACGUGGUCCCACCCUGCCGUAAAUUCUGCGAGAAAGUGUAUUCUGACUGCAGGAACAUCAUGGACACCUUUGGGAUCAGGUGGCCCGAGGAGCUUGAAUGUGACAGGCUGCGGUACUGUAACGAGACGGCUCCCGAGGUUCACGGUCGGCACGGAGGAGCUCUCGGUCCCCAGAAGAAAACGGAGCAAGUCCAGAGAGACAUCGGAAUCUGGUGUCCGAGGCAUCUGAAGACUUCUGGGGGGCAGGGCUAUAAAUUCCUGGGCAUCGAGCAGUGUGCACCUCCGUGCCCCAACAUGUAUUUCAAAAGCGAUGAGUUAGAAUUUGCAAAAAGCUUUAUCGGAAUAGUUUCCAUCUUUUGCCUGUGCGCGACCCUGUUCACCUUUCUCACCUUCCUGAUCGACGUCAGGAGGUUCCGGUACCCCGAGAGGCCGAUCAUCUACUACUCCGUCUGCUACAGCAUCGUGUCUCUCAUGUACUUCAUUGGGUUUUUGCUGGGCAAUAGCACGGCCUGCAACAGGGCGGACGAGAAGCUGGAGCUGGGGGACACCGUGGUCCUGGGCUCCCAGAACAAGGCCUGCUCCGUCCUGUUCAUGUUCCUGUACUUCUUCACCAUGGCCGGCACGGUGUGGUGGGUGAUCCUCACCAUCACUUGGUUCCUCGCGGCCGGGAGGAAGUGGAGCUGCGAGGCCAUCGAGCAGAAGGCCGUGUGGUUCCACGCCGUGGCCUGGGGCAUCCCGGGCUUCCUGACGGUGAUGCUCCUGGCCAUGAACAAGGUGGAGGGGGACAACAUCAGCGGGGUUUGCUUUGUCGGCCUCUACGACCUGGCCGCCUCCCGCUACUUCGUGCUCCUGCCGCUGUGCCUGUGUGUGUUUGUGGGGCUGUCCCUGCUCUUGGCCGGCAUCGUCUCCCUCAACCACGUGCGACAAGUCAUCCAGCACGACGGCCGCAACCAGGAGAAGCUGAAGAAGUUCAUGAUCCGCAUCGGCGUCUUCAGCGGCCUGUACCUGGUGCCCCUGGUGACGCUGCUGGGGUGCUACGUCUACGAGCAGGUGAACAGGGUGACCUGGGAGAUCACGUGGGUCUCGGACCACUGCCGCCAGUACCACAUCCCGUGUCCUUACCAGGUAAAAACAACAGCCCGACCGGAACUGGCACUCUUCAUGAUAAAAUACCUGAUGACACUGAUCGUCGGGAUCUCUGCCGUCUUCUGGGUUGGAAGCAAAAAGACCUGCACCGAGUGGGCUGGGUUUUUUAAACGAAAUCGCAAGAGAGAUCCCAUCAGCGAGAGCCGCCGGGUGCUGCAGGAGUCCUGCGAGUUCUUCCUGAAACACAACUCCAAGGUGAAGCACAAGAAGAAGCCCUGCAAGCCGGGUUCGCACAAGCUGAAGGUCAUCUCCAAAUCCAUGGGGACCAGCACCGGGGUGACCGCGUAUCACGGCACCUCCGCCGUGGCCAUUGCCGACCAGGACUUCCUGGGACAAGAGACGGCGACAGACAUCCAGACCUCGCCCGAGGUGUCAGUGAGAAAGGCAGGCACGGCCAGGGAGCAGGACCUCGGGGAGCCCACGUCCCCCACAGCCAGCUCCAGAUUCGUCGGGGACAUGGGUGACAGGAAAAGCCAGGCCACCAGCGUGCAGGACAGGGCCAGUGUCUCGGACAGUGUCCGGAGCGAAGGAAGGCUGAGUCCCAGGAGCGACACUGCUGCUGCUGGCCCGGGGCAGGGCAUGGUACCCCAAGGCCCCAGCUCCCCAGAGCCCGGCCACCUCGAGGACCCCACGCCCCCUGUCGGCCACGCGGCCUCGGGAGCUGGGCAGGCACAGGAGCCAGCGUCACCUGGACCACCAAGGACUACUGAGGACCCCGCGGGCCCAGCGUCGUAGGAACCCCAGGUCGCCUUCCUUCACAUCAGCUAUGAAGCGACUGGGUAAAAAACUGGUAUCAAGAAAAAUACGACUCUUUUCCCCAAAGGCUUCUGACACAUUCCUGAAAAUAGAAAUGUUUAGGUUAAUAAUAUUUUUUAAGUCGUGGGAGGAGGGAGCUGCAGGAAACUUCCUCUUCUAUUUCUUUUCUUUUCUUUCUUUUUUUGUUUGUUUUUAACUCCUCUUGAAUUUCUGAAGAUUCUACCUGGGUUGGAUGCGUUUUAAGAUACAUUUUCACUAUUUUGGUUUUUUGACAUCAAGGCAAGAUUUUUCUUUGUUGAAGUAUUUAAAACUUAUCUGUGUACUUUUAUAUGUAUUUGAAAAGAAACUUGUAUGUAUUUGAAUAUUUUGGACAUGUUGGAAAACCGAUUUGUGUAUUUUUAUUAUCAUAUUCUGAUAUUUUAGCACUGCUUUGGUAGCAUUUACACUGAAUUUCUAACAAAACUAGAACAUAGUAUUCUUUCAUAGUCUAACAAUAGUUGGCACACCUAAACGUCUUUUAUAAAAGGUGUUCAGCUUUAAAGAACCACUCUACCUUACUGCGCGGGAAUUUAUUUCUCAUUGAUUUAGGAAUUCCACGCAGAUUUCUACUGCACUGAAAUAAGGUGCUCACUGGAAGGGCGUCCCUGGGGUGCUGCUCCUGGUCCUUCUGCAUUUUGAAAUAAAAUAGCAGAGGAAACAUAUUCUUUUACAGACAAAGCCAGGUGCAAUUGGUUUCUGUUCCUUGAUGUUUCAUGACACCCAUGACUGCAUUACAGCCACUCCCAGCUGCUUAGGCAUCUCCUGUGUUUUAAUUUUUGUUUUUUAAUGCUUAGACUACUACAAACACUUUAUAUGGUGUAGCGGUAUUCUCAGAUGUUACGGCGCAGCAAAGUAACUGAGUGUACAAAAGUAUCUUAGCAAUGUUAGUGCCGGCCUGGUGGGGGAAGACACUGUUCUGAGGAACAGAAUGUGUUUGGUACACAUACUUCAAGCUAUUCAGGAGUUUUUACAGUUUUGUAUGUUGAACAAAAUUCUCUGAAACUUUUGGUAUAUUUAGCAUACUAUUAAAGCAUAAAACAAAAUGAUCAUGUACUGUAUGGAAAACGUUGUAAAUAUUAACUUUUCCACAUUUGUAAACAGAUAACUUUGUAUACCUUGUUUUGAGUGACCUUUUUAUUAAUAAAAUUUUCUUUAUAUAAGAGAUUAUAAAGUAUUCUGUGGUUCAGUGGUAUUGUGCAGGCCCAGGAAGUAGUACACAGUAAAACUUUGGGUUGCGAAUAAUUUGUUCUGCCCAUGUUCUGUAAGAUGAGCAAGCAUUUCUAAUAAAUUUUAACUUGAUAAACAA